AAAAAAGCAUGUAGAGCGUUAUUUCCGGAACACAAGUAGAGUUGUAAUUGUAAGUGUGGCAGAUCAUCAUCCAAAAGACAAGGAGAGGAAACGAAAUAAAUAUUUAAAUAAAAAUAUUAAAUUCAACUAAAUGGCAGAGCGUGUGUUACUCACUCCUUCACUGCCUUUACCAUCUCAACCGUCUCUAACCAAAAUGGCUGCAUUGGGUGGCGCCGCCGCCGCUCGCAUGAUCCCCUCCGCUACCAGAGCCUCCCUCUCACUCUCCUCCUCUUCCCGUUCGCUUUUCUCGUGCUCAUCGAAAUCUUCCUCUUUCUCUUCUGGUUCUGAUUCCAAGCUCGAUUGCUUGCUGUCCUCUCCUCGCAUUUCUCACCUGUUUCUCAAUCAGCGAAGAGCAGAGGUUCGUGUUUCGAGAGGAGGAUACGGAACAGUGUCUGCGCCGAAUUCCUUUGCGUCUGAUCCUGAUCAGCUGAAGAACGCUAGGGAAGACAUCAAGGAGCUUCUCAGGACCAAGUUCUGUCAUCCUCUUCUGAUUCGUUUGGGAUGGCAUGAUGCUGGUACUUACAAUAAGAAUAUUGAGGAGUGGCCACAGAGAGGUGGAGCUAAUGGUAGCUUAAGAUAUGAAGUUGAGCUGAAACAUGCAGCCAAUGCUGGACUUGUAAAUGCAUUGAAACUUCUUCAGCCAAUCAAAGACAAAUACUCUAGUGUAACAUAUGCAGACUUAUUUCAGUUGGCUGGUGCUACAGCUGUGGAGGAAGCUGGAGGCCCAAAAAUUCCUAUGAUAUAUGGAAGAGUGGAUGUCUCUGGACCUGAACAAUGCCCUGAGGAAGGGAGACUUCCUGAUGCUGGCCCCCCUUCACCUGCUGAUCAUUUGCGUCAAGUUUUCUACCGAAUGGGUUUGAAUGACAAGGAAAUUGUUGCAUUAUCUGGUGCCCACACACUGGGGCGGUCUAGACCAGAUCGUAGUGGCUGGGGCAAGCCUGAAACUAAAUAUACGAAAGAUGGGCCGGGAGCACCUGGAGGACAAUCCUGGACAGUGCAAUGGUUGAAGUUUGACAACUCUUACUUCAAGGACAUCAAACAAAAGAAGGAUGAAGAUCUAUUGGUAUUGCCAACUGAUGCUGCUCUUUUUGAAGAUCCAUCCUUCAAGGUAUACGCUGAGAAAUAUGCUGAAGAUCAGGAAGCAUUCUUUAAAGAUUAUGCUGAAGCCCAUGCCAAACUUAGCAACCUUGGAGCCAAAUUUGAUCCUCCAGAGGGCAUUGUGAUAGAUGGUUCUCCAAAUGCCGGAGCAGAGAAGUUUCAAGCAGCCAAGUACUCCUCUGGAAAGGAGUAAAAACAAGUGUCAUGUUUUCUUGUGCCAGUAUCUUUUAGUAAUACAAGAAGAGCUAUUUUCAAAUCAUGUGAUUUCACAUGUAAAAUUUGGAAGUCUUAAAUGAAGAAGAAAGGAAUAAAAUUCAAUAGUGUGUCUAUUUGAAUUGCAGAGAGAGCUGUCUGAGGCUAUGAAGCAGAAGAUACGGGCUGAAUAUGAGGCGGUUGGCGGAAGCCCAGAUAAGCCUCUUCAGUCAAACUAUUUUCUAAAUAUCAUGAUUGUCGUUGCUGUUUUGGCACUUUUGACAUCACUGCU